AUGCAUCUAACUUUAGAAACAGAAUUAGGAGUUAAUAACUUCAUCAUAAACGAUUUUCCAAAAGAUGAAUAUGUUGAUUUUCUGAGUCAAAAAUCUUUAUCAGAGCAUGGCUUCCCAGUGCCAGAAUUAAGAAGAUAACAUGAAGAAGCUAUGCCUCCACCUAAUUCUAAAGACUAACAAAUUAGUUUUCAUAUGAGUCCAAUUAUGUCACCUAGUUAUGAAGGAUGUAAAACAAAUGAAAUACUGAUUGUAAAACCUAAUCCAAAUGGAGGUACUCAAACAUCGUUUUAAACUAAUUUUUCAAAAUUAAGAAAUUCAUAAUCAACUGUUGGUGAAGACAUGAUGAGAUACCUAUAAAUAAGAAGAUUCUUUAAUAGGUUUAUGCGUUCCAUGCAUCUUUUUAGUAGAUUACAAAAACAUCAUUUAGAUAUUCUAAAUGACUCUGCUUCUAGUUAUGAUCCAAAAAUAUUUGGUCAGAGAUAAUUUAAUUUCAGGCCUUUGGGGAUGAUUAAAAAUAUGAAUCUACCAUAGGUACCCUCAAUUAGUUAGAAAGUUGAAAAAAUGAUAAAUAGAAUAGGAUAAACAAUUAAAUAGAAAAUUGAAUAUUGGGAUUAAAAUAUCCGAAUAUUUUAACCAGAAGAGAGAAAAAAGAUUUUAUGGGAUAGUUGUCUAUCAUUUUCUCGAAUAUAUUUUAUAAUCUUAAUACCUAUGGAUAUAUCUUUUGAAUAAGAAUUUUUAUACUCGCAUUAAUUGUUCAUACUAACAGUCAUAAUGACAAUUCUAUUGAUGAUUGAUAUUCUUCUAAAUUUGAAUACUGCAUAUUAUUAAUUUGGACUUAUUGUAAAUGAAAGAUCUAAAAUAUUUAAUCAUGUAAUUAGUAAAGCAUAUGGUUGUGAUGCAAUAUCAGUAAUAUAUUUAUUUGUGUUAAUGUUUUUAAAUUGGGAUGAUUAUAGAGAAGAAAAACAAUAUAUUUUGGUAGGUUUAUUAACAUUUGUUGGUUAAUAUUAAAACAUAACAAAAUUAAUUAGAUUAAGUGAAGAAGUAUUAAAUUUGACAAAAGUUACUGCAUCAAUUUUAGAAUUAGUAAAACUGAUAAUAUUUUUAAUUUUUAUUUUACAUGUUGCAACUUGUAUUUGGUAUGGAGUAUGAUAUUUUUAAUAUAUAAUUAGGUUGGUAAUUACGGUUUAAAAUAUCUAGGAUCUAGUUGGAUAGAUAAAUAUCAUUUAGAAGAUAAUAAUUGGGCUGAAAGAUAUUUAAGAUCCUUCUAUUUUUGUACUGUUACUAUGUUUACUGUUGGAUAUGGUGAUUUAACUCCUUAAUGUAAUAAUUAAUCUUAUUUCAGCAAAUCUAGAAUAUAUUAUUUGCAUUAUAUUUAUAAUGAUAUUUAGUAUUCAAUUGCCUUAUAGUGUUAAUACUGUGGGAGCUAUUAUUGAUGAGAUAUCGAAAUAUAGUGAAUAAAAGCUAUAGAAAUUAAGAAUUAUUAAUACUUAUAUGACUAAAAAGAAGAUUAGUUUUUAAUUAUAAUUUUAAAUUAGAGAAUACUUAAAUUAUUAUUGGGAAAUGGAGAAUACUCAAUAAUCAAAUGAAGAAUAAGUUAUUAUAGAACAAUUAUCAGAAUAAUUAAGAGAAGAAUUAAUGGUAGAAGCUAAUUCAGUUGUACUCAAUAAUUGUUCUCUUUUUAAAAAAAACUUUUCUCAUGAAUUUAAAAAGGCUUUGGUUAAAAAAAUCAGAACUUUAUCAAUUUAACCAGAAAAUAUUAUAGAUUAUUCUACAGAACCAGAUGCUUAUCAAAAUAAUUAUCUUACAUUUAUUGAAUAAGGUGAAGUGGAAGUUCAGUUAUCUGAUUAAAUAUUUUCUCCUGGUACAACAUUUCAUAAAUUGACUCCUGGAUGUAUCUUUGGAUUAUAUGAAUUUAUUACUGGUUAAGAACAAAAAGAAGUAUAUAAAAGUGUUGGUUUUACUAAAUUACUCAUUUUACCAAGAUUAGCUUUCUUAAAAAUUCUAAAAGAUUUUCAAGAAGAUAGAGAAAAGUUUUGUUAAAUUAGAGAUAAUCUAUUAUAUAAUUUUUCAAAAUAAUCCCUAAAAAAUUUAGAUAUUUCAUGUUAUGUUUGUUAGUCAAGAGAGCAUCGUUCGAAAGAUUGCCCCUUACUUCAUUUUUGUCCAGAUAAAGAAAGAAUUAUUAAAUCUUAUAACUUUGUUAAAGAAUAAGUUAGAGAAUAGACAGUUCGAAAACAUUCAAAUAAAUAUAAUAACCGUUUCAUAUAUAAUAAUGCUUUGUUGGAUUACAAACUAAUAAAAGAAACAGCCGAAUAUAUCUAAGAUGAUUUCUGGCAAUUAACUUAAAUCUAUGAUUUAGAUAUCGAAAAUGGUUCACCUAGUCCAAACAUUAAUAAUGGUGCUUAAGGAUCUCCUUAACAUUCAUCUAGUUCUGAUGAUGAAAAGGAUGAAAUUGUAUAAGAAUUAUCUAGACCAUCACUUAGUUCAUCAUCUAAACUUCCUAGAUAAACAAGAACUACAAGAUUAUUAGAAAUGAAUCAGAUGAAAAAACUAUAAGCUAGAUAAUCUAGUAUUUCUCCUAUGAUUCCAAGAUCAUCUUCUUCAUAUUUAAUAGAACAUUAAUAAUAACCUAAAUUAUCUAUUUUUAGUUAAUCAAAUUCACCUAACACAAAUAAAUAAAAUUCUAAUGACAAAUCAUAAUCUUAAGAUUUAGAAGGAAUUAAAGAAAGUUUAAUUACAAUACCAAAUUAGCAAUCUGAUUCCCUUAAAACAGCUAUUAAUUCUAUGAAAUAGAACUUUAUGAAAUCAGCAUUAAAAAAAUUAAAUGAUAAUAAUAAUAAUCAUGAAGAAGACGAUAAGGCUAAAAAAGUUAGAGUGAAAUUUCAACAAGCUUUUACUUUUAUAAAGAGAUUAAAAUAAUUAAAAGUUUCUAAAGAAAUUGAGAAACCUCGAAUUUAACCUAAGUAAUAGACCAUGGUAGUUCAAAAAUAAAAUCUUAAUUUAAUUUAGUAAAGAAUACAAAGAAAAAGUAAUACUUUAACUUUAUAGGAUUAAAAUAAAUUAGAUUUAUUAGUUUUAGAACUUAAUAAUUAAUUAAAUAAUAAUUUUUAAGAAGUAGAGAAUUUCGAAAAUAAAAAAGAUUUUAAAUUCUAUUAACCUCAUAAUAAUUUAGCAAAUUUAUAAAUAUCAACUAAAUAUCAUCCUAAAUUCUUGAGCAAUAUGACUCUAUAUAUUAAAUAUUUUCUGUAUCCUGCAGAAUUUAUUAAGAGAUAUAAGAACAAAGAUCCUACAAUAUUAGAAGUUAAACCUGUUUCUUUUGCUACAUAGAUAAAUGCAUAUAAAGAUAUAUUAAAAUUUAGAAAGUAAGCCAGAAAAAUUAUAAAUAAAAAAUAGAUAGCUCCAGAAUUAUGA